AAAAAAUGUUUUAAGCCUGAAGAAAUUUGGGUCAACAUGCUGAGUCACUGAGGUUUGUGUGCGCCCUUUUGCGUGCUCAUCUCUACCUGCCUACUUUGUCCUGCUGCUUUUGCAGUUCUCUAGCCUGUGUCUCUCUCUCUCGCCCUCUCUCGCUCUCUCUCUUGCUCAUUCUCGCUCUCUCUCUUUCAACCUCCCUCUUCCCUUAAAGUGCUGCAUUGCGUUCCCUGGGCAGACACAGUUAGUGUAUGCCAGCCCCAGUGUUCUUGAGCAUACAGAAGGAACACACAGAGCUGCUUAUAUACAGCUGUGGGUGCAUAACUCCACGGCAGGGGAAUUCUGGGUGGACACCACCUCUUUUCUUCUUUUUUUUUUCUUACAUCUGUGAUCCUUCGUUAUGGGGAAGGAGAAGAUACAUAUUAAUAUAGUUGUGAUUGGCCAUGUUGAUUCUGGGAAGUCCACCACCACUGGCCACCUCAUUUAUAAGUGUGGCGGCAUUGACAAGAGAACCAUCGAGAAAUUUGAGAAGGAGGCUGCAGAGAUGGGGAAAGGUUCGUUUAAAUAUGCUUGGGUUCUGGACAAGCUGAAGGCAGAGCGAGAGAGAGGCAUCACAAUAGACAUCUCCCUGUGGAAAUUUGAGACCUCAAAAUACUACAUCACCAUCAUUGAUGCUCCAGGACACAGAGAUUUCAUCAAGAACAUGAUUACAGGGACUUCCCAGGCAGAUUGCGCUGUUCUUAUAGUGGCAGCUGGGGUAGGUGAGUUUGAGGCGGGUAUCUCUAAGAAUGGACAGACGCGUGAACAUGCCCUGCUGGCAUACACACUGGGUGUCAAGCAGCUGAUUGUUGCUGUUAACAAAAUGGAUUCCACAGAGCCUUCUUACAGUGAGAAACGCUAUGAUGAGAUUGUUAAAGAGGUCAGUGCUUACAUCAAGAAGAUUGGCUACAGCCCUGCCUCUGUACCCUUCGUCCCCAUUUCUGGAUGGCAUGGGGACAACAUGCUGGAACCUUCUACUAAUAUGGCAUGGUUUAAAGGCUGGAAACUUGAGCGGAAGGAACAGCAUGCCACUGGAAUCACUCUCCUUGAGGCCUUGGACACUAUCAUGCCUCCUACACGUCCUACUGACAAGCCUUUACGCCUUCCUCUGCAGGAUGUUUACAAAAUUGGAGGCAUUGGAACAGUGCCUGUGGGCAGAGUGGAAACUGGCAUCCUGCGUCCAGGUAUGGUGGUGACCUUUGCCCCCGUCAAUAUCACCACAGAAGUGAAGUCUGUGGAGAUGCACCAUGAGUCCCUGAGUGAAGCGGUACCAGGUGAUAAUGUGGGAUUCAAUGUGAAGAAUGUGUCCGUGAAGGACAUUCGCAGGGGGAAUGUGUGUGGGGACAGCCGGUCAGAUCCACCCCAGGAAGCUUCAGGCUUCACAGCACAGGUUAUUAUUCUAAAUCAUCCAGGGCAAAUCAGUGCUGGAUAUUCCCCCGUCCUCGACUGUCACACGGCUCACAUCGCCUGCAAGUUUGCCGAGCUGAGGGAGAAGAUUGACCGUCGCUCAGGGAAGAAGCUGGAAGACAACCCAAAGUUUCUGAAAUCUGGAGAUGCUGCCAUUGUGGACAUGAUUCCAGGGAAACCCAUGUGUGUGGAGAGUUUUUCUCAGUACCCUCCUUUGGGACGCUUUGCUGUGCGAGAUAUGAGACAGACAGUUGCUGUUGGGGUCAUCAAGAAUGUAGAAAAGAAAGUUGGUGGGAGCGGCAAAAUCACCAAAUCGGCCCAAAAAGCUCAGAAAACUGGCAAAUGAAUCUUGUUGCCCUUGUACCCCCUGACGUCUGCUCCCAAGCAGUAGCAGCAGCCCCCUUAUUAUAUCUGGGAAUGCUCACCUGGCCUAUUGUACUUCUUCUCUUUCUGAGAAUAGAAUCACUGAUUAUAUUAUAGUCAGCUGAAUGUGAAUGAUAGAAAAUAUUUAUUGAAUGUUUGACAUGGCUUUGUUGUAAUUUAAGCUCUCAAACUUAAGUCUGUAUAACUUUAAUAUGUAUUAUAAUACUCAUGUAUAUGUAAAUGUGUAUAAAAUUCAUUCACGGUAGAAAGCUUGAAUUUGAGGUUUGUGCUGCAGUCAUGAAAUGAGAGAUGUGAUCAGGUUAAAGAUUUGCUGUGGAUUUAUUAGAAACUGUGGAUGCCAGUUGGUUUUGACCUGGUUCCUGUUUUUGUAAGCUUGGCUUAAUGAAUGAACCAUUUAGAAGAAAUAAAAUAAGGUUGUUUGACAUUUUAUAUUGGUUAUAAACUAUUGUUUACAAGUGCAGUCAUUUCAUAACACAAUUUAUUUAUACUGCAUGAGGGGCACUGCUUUGGAUUAAAAGAAUAAUAAACCAUCAGCUAUGAGGUUAAGUGCA